AUGUCCGCCGCGCAGGUGUCCGCCGCGCCCGCCGAGCGCCCGGCCUGGGGCGCCGAGGGCCGAGACGGGCCGGCGGAAGGGGCCCGGCGGAGAGAGCCCGGUUCGCCCGGCGGGAAGGAGGCCGCGGAGAGCGGCGGCCGGCGGGAGCCCGAGCCCGACGAGCGGCGGCGGCGGCCGGCGGCGGCCGAAGCCCCUCCGCCCAAGGAGAACCCGUGGACGAAGCGCAGAGCCGCGCGGGACGGCGCGGCCGACGGGCAGCCCGCGCUGCGGGAACCAGAACUAGAGAAUUCCACUAAACAUGUAAAAGCAGCAAAAGCCAGGACAAGGAAAUGCAGCAAGGCUGGUGAUUUUGUUGAUAUCGGAGACUGGCCAACACCAAGUGAAACAGCAAACAAUGAAUGCAAGUCUCUAAGUCAUGGUAAGAAGCCAACAAAUAGAAAAGAAAAGGAGGAGAAAUUUGAUCCAAAAGGCAAUAAUGGAACCAAGGACAACCUGGAGGCUAACCCAAAUGGUCCGGGAGAUAACAUUAGUGAAGAUGAAGGUCAAACUAACAACCAAAGGAAAAAAGGUAACAAGCAAAAAUGGGUUCCACUUCACUUGGAUGAUGUAAGGUCAGAUAGUCAAGAAAGAUCAAGCUCUCGAAGUAACUCAAGAUCUCAGCUGGAAACAAACAAGUUAAUACUUCAUAACAACAGACGGAAUGAGACAAGAAAUUGGCAUCGUGAUAGAGAAAAGAGAGAUGAUCAUGAUGAAGUGUGCAGUGUAAGAAGUGAGGGUGGCAGUGUUCGAGAAUUCUCCAGAGGCAGAGGAAGAGGAAGAGGCAAAGGAAGAGGACGAAGCAGAGGAAACCCUAGAAGGAACUUUGACUAUUCAGUUGGUUAUCAAGAACUGUAUGGUGAAAUAACUGACCAAGCAUUUCAACCUGAGCUUAACUCUAGUAUGAUGUAUUACUACGAUGAUGGAACAGGAGUGCAGAUGUAUUCUGUGGAUGAAGUUCUUCUGAAAGAAUAUAUAAAACGUCAAAUUGAGUAUUAUUUCAGCACAGAAAACUUGGAAAGAGACUUCUUUAUGAGGAGAAAGAUGGACCGACAAGGAUUUCUGCCUAUUUCAUUGAUUGCUAGCUUCCACAGGGUGCAAGCUCUGACUACAAAUGCUACACUCAUUUUGGAGGCCCUAAAGGACAGUACAGAAGUUGAAACUGUGGAUCAGAGGAUAAGAAAAAGGGUUGAUCCAGAAAAGUGGCCAAUUCCAGGUCCACCUUCCUGUAAUCUGUCAACGACUGACUUUUCUCAGCUCAUCAAUUGUCCAGAAUUCAUACCAGGCCAAGCCUAUGGCUCACAUACUGAGUCUGCACCAAGUUCUCCAGGAAUGGGAAGCUUGUUGAGUCUGAAGGAAAACACUGAAACAAGUACUUUUCAGACAAUAUCUAAAGGAUUGUCUACAAGUUUGCCUGAUUUGGACUCUGAACCUUGGAUAGAAGUGAAGAACAGGCAUCAUGCAUCCACUGUCAGAGUAAAGGAAUGCGUUCCUAUACCUGAUCAAGUAUCAGGCCAACAACAGCCACCCCCACCUUCAGAGGAACAAGAACAAGAAGAACUUGACUUUUUGUUUGAUGAAGAGAUGGAACAAAUUCAGGGUCAUAAGAAUAAAUUCACUGAUUGGUCAGAUAGCAGUUCAGAUUAUGAAAUUGAUGAUCAGGACGUAAACAAGAUUUUGAUAGUAACACAGACACCACCAUAUAUGAGAAAACAUCCCGGUGAAGGUCGUGCUGGCAACCAUUUGUGUCAUGGAAAAAUAACAUCAGAACUUGCUAAAGUUAUUAAUGAUGGCUUAUACUACUAUGAACAGGAUUUGUGGACAGUGCAGAGUGAAAAUGACACUACAGUAAUGCAAGAGGUUGAGAACUUCAGGAAGCUAAAUCUCGUUGGUAAGGAAGAAUUUGAUAAUCUUGCACCAGAACUGAUUGCUGAUCAGUCCCAAGAAAUUCCUCUGGGUUCUUCAGAGUUACAGAAAGCAGAGGAACCAGUUUGUAAUUUCUUCAGUACUGAAGCACUACCAGCAGCAACAGUGACUCGGUCACUGCCAACUGUAGUUCCAGAAUCUCCCCGAGUUCACCCUGGUUUCACCCCACGAACACCUCGCACCCCGAGGCUACAGGAUCCCAACAAAACACCCAGGUUCUACCCCGUUGUUAAAGAAGCACAAUCCAUUGAUGUGAAGGCUCCAAGAAAAAGAAAAACACGGCACAGUACAAAUCCUCCCUUAGAAUGCCAUGUCGGUUGGGUGAUGGAUUCCAGAGACCAUAGGCCAAGAACUUCCUCUGUGAGCAGUUCCAGUGCUUCACCUUCAGAAGGAGCUGCGCUUGCAGGAGGUUAUGGUUGUACUCCAAAUUCUCUUCCAAAAUUUCAGCAUCCUUCUCAUGAACUGUUAAAGGAAAAUGGCUUUACACAACAGGUGUACCAUAAGUAUCAUCGAAGGUGUCUAACAGAGAGGAAACGGUUGGGAAUUGGCCAGUCCCAGGAAAUGAACACACUUUUUCGUUUCUGGUCCUUUUUCCUGAGAGAUCACUUCAACAGGAAAAUGUAUGAAGAAUUCAGACAACUUGCUCUGGACGAUGCAAAAGAACACUACAGGUACGGGUUGGAAUGCUUGUUUCGAUUUUACAGCUAUGGCCUAGAAAAGAAAUUCAGGCGAGACAUAUUCAAGGACUUCCAAGAAGAAACAAAGAGGGACUAUGAAGCUGGUCAGCUUUAUGGACUGGAAAAGUUUUGGGCUUACCUAAAAUAUUCUCAGCACAAGACACCAGCCAUUGACCCCAAGCUGCAAGAAUACCUCAGUAAAUUUAGGAGACUGGAGGACUUUAGAGUGGAUCCUCCUUUUAGUGAAGAAUGUGGCAGGAGGCAGUUUGCUGCAGCAGGUGAGGAUUCGGGUCAUCGCAGACAUCCGGCUCGUUCCUGUAGAACAUUUCCUGUGGCUCAGCCUGCAGUGCUGGAGCACGUUACCAGUGAGAACACUGUGCAAGCACCCAGAGCAGGCCAUCCUAAUGCUGCCACAAAAUCAAUAGGAAGUGAUGUACCGGAAAAAUAGACUAAGCCUCGCAACCCUUGAGAAUCAGCUUUUUCAUCGCUCUUUUUAGUUGGAGAUCUCCAAGGUGAGCCCAUCUAGUACAUGAUUAAAAAUGUAUGGGAAG